AUGGUAAAUUGGGUUAUUGAUGGGGUUCAGCGGUUGGUGAGCGCGAUAAUUCUUACUUCGUUUAUGACGGGGUUAUUCAUUUUGUCAUUAUGGAAGAAUUAUGUGACAGUCCAUUUUCAACAUAAGAACGAUCCAAGAGAUACAAGAAGUUCGAGAACCAAGAUCCAGUCAAAUGACAAGAAGAAAAAACGGCCAGCGCGUCACUCUAGGCCCUUGUCAAUAUCGUCUACUACGCCUUUAGAUUUACGGCAGGAUCAGGAGAAUAAUAUUGAAUAUGACCGUACUGUGACUAGCAAGCUGUCUAUGACUAGUAAUGCCUCCUUAUCAGGGGAUGGUGAUGGAAACGGUAAUAUUAAAAUGGAAACAAACGUGAACCAAGCCCCAUAUGCUGCAGAGAAUCCGUUUCAAAAUAUUGCGCUUGCCGAGGAUACCAAGCUGGUACCUGACUUGAAAUACUAUUAUAAGGAGUACGGUAUUGAUAUUCAAGAAUUUGAGGUGGAGACAGACGACGGCUUUAUUAUUGAUUUGUGGCACUUCAAGUCUAGGUUAAACGAUAGUAUAGAGGAAGUGAAACGCGAACCCAUUCUGCUAUUGCACGGUCUUUUGCAGAGCUGCGGGGCCUUCGCAUCUUCAGGUAGAAAAUCCCUGGCCUACUUUCUUUAUGAAUCCGGAUUUGAUGUUUGGUUGGGUAAUAACAGAUGUGGACUACAUGCCAAGUGGAACAUGAAAAAAUUAGGUAAUGAUCCUUCUAAGAAAUGGGAUUGGGAUAUGCACCAGAUGGUUCAGUAUGAUUUAAAAGCACUUGUAACCUAUGUUCUGGAUAGUACUGGAUAUGCUAAAUUAUCGCUUGUGGCGCAUUCACAAGGUACAACACAAGGAUUCAUGGGACUUGUUAAUGGUGAGAAACUAUACGCAAGUGAUUUUAAAUUAGUGGAUAAGCUAGAAAAUUUUGUGGCCUUGGCACCUGCGGUGUACCCUGGACCUUUAUUGGAUGAAAAAGCAUUCGUAAGACUAAUGGCAAAAGGCAUUGAUUCUCCGUGGUAUUUUGGAAGAAGAUCGUUUAUUCCCUUGAUGAUGACAAUGAGAAAACUGAUGGUUGGAACCAAGAUUUUUUCGUUCCUUUCAUACAUUAUGUUCAACUACUUAUUUGAUUGGAAUGAUGUUUUAUGGGAUAGAGUUUUGAGGGACCGAAAUUUUUUAUUUUCGCCAGUCCACAUCUCAGUCAAAUUAAUGCAAUGGUGGUUGUCACCUCAACCAAAUAAGCUAAGUUUUAAGAAGGGUGCAGAGAAAAUUUUUCCGGAUAAGAAAACAUGGUUUCCCAUUGCCAAGAAUGAUGAUGACGGUGGCACUAGUUUGAAUAACAACAACCUACACUUAAAUUCGAAAAGACAAAAUGGUGAAGAUUUCCCACACAUUAUGAUGUUUAUUCCUAAGCAAGAUAGGUUAGUGGACGGUGAACGACUAAUUAACCAUUUCAUUAAUCAUGAAGCGAACGCGGUCUACAAAAUUUGGUAUAUUGAUGAGUAUUCCCAUCUGGACGUUUUAUGGGCACAUGAUGUUAUUGAUAGAAUUGGUAAGCCAAUGAUAGAGAAUUUGAGAUUUCCUAAUGCAAAAUGA